CUCUGUAAGCACGCCGCGUGUUGUGAUUUAGUUUUUGUUGUGCACUAAAGUUAAAUUGUUUUUCGUUUUUAAGCGAUUAAAAAUGAAGCGCCUUGGUUCAAAAAAAGACGAGGACAACGAGGAGCCCUUGCACAAAAAACACCUGCAAUCCAAGGCGAACUCUCUGCUGAAUGCCAAAAAUGUGGACGUCAAAACACUAAAGGGAUUCGUUCAACUACUGAAGCACACUCCCGAUAACGUGCCCGUUGGAGACAUUAUGAAUAUCCUGGAGGUGGUAUUCAAGAACCUGCUGAAGCGAAAAGCACUUGACGGCAGUGAAAAACAGGCUCUCAAAAUUCAGGAACUAUACGAGGAAACUUGGGCUCUUUUGAAAGAGAAUAUUCUGGUGGAGUCAGAGGGUUCAGUAGCUCUAAAAGUGUGCAUGCAGCUCAUCAAAGUGGAGGCCAAACAUCCAAUAGCACCCAAGAAAGGUUGGCCCGCCUACAGAAUUCGGCAAAUUCUAGAAACUAUCUUGGAAUCGGAAGAAACACCUGUAAAUGCCUUGGCCAACUAUGGGAAGUUCUGCAAGAAUCUAGACGUGUUGGAGAUUACCCUGAAGCACUUACUAGAUCUGGUGCCCAAGGAGGACUUCAAGGACAUCCCAGUGAAAGCAAUGAACUUUUUGUCCAUUGUAAACCUUCUGGAUCUGGGAAAAUCGGUGCUUAACGCUGCGGACUAUCACGUGGAAAGCGCGAGAAACCAGAAAUUUAAUCUCGAGCAAAACCAAAGGAGACUGAACGAACUCUGGCUGGUUAUAAUGGCCAAAGGCGGUGAAGUGGACGAAAAACUGCACCGGCAAAUACUGGUGGUCCUCCUGGAACGAGUGAUAAACCACCUGGAGGAUCCCAUUCAGUUGACCGAUUUUCUCAUGGACUCACUGCACCAGUUUGAUGGUCCGAUUGCUCUGCUUGCCCUCCAGGGCAUCUUCACGCUGAUGCAGAAGCAGAACAUAACCUAUCCGGACGUGUACGAAAAGCUAUACAACAUGUUCUACCCGCGGAUGUUCUUCAACAAGUACAAGGCCCGUCUCUUUUACCUGGCCGACAUUUUCCUGACCUCUACGCACUUGCCAGAGAAUCUGGUGGCGGCCUUUGUCAAGCGCCUAGCACGUUUGGCUCUUCAGUCGCCCACUGAAGACGCUGUGAUCAUGAUGCGAUUCGUUUGCAACUUACUGCUGAGGCACACGGGCCUCCAAAAGUUGAUUCGCGCCAGUCAUGCGGUUGAUGAAAUCAGUGAUCCCUACAACGAAAUGGAAAGCGAUCCCGUGAAAUCGGAGGCCAUCAAUAGCUCGCUCUGGGAGAUAACGCUGCUGCAGAAACACGUUGUUCCGGAGGUGGCCAAUGCUGCCCGGUUCAUUAACUCAUCGCUGCCAGUAAUGGAGUUCGAUUUGGGGCCGCUUUUGGACAGAAAAGAGUUCAAUGUCUUUGACGACGAACUGCAGUCCAAGGCAAAGCAGUUUGCCCUGAACUACGAGCGACCCGCCAAUUUGGGCCUGCCACAAAACGCGCUCCUAACUAAGUACUGGGAGCUCAUAUAGAAUAGUGUUAUUAUGCUAAGUUUAAGCAGGAUUAAAGUGCUGCCUGUGGGGUAGCUGAUGGGCUAACUCAGCUGCAAACCAGUUGGCCGGAGAAAUGUA